UGUGAACCCAAAAAUAACUUUUAUUCUAGAGAAAGAUAAAAAAAUAAAUAAAAAUAAGAGAGAAACGGAAGCUUUUUGUAUUGAGUUUUAGAGAGGGUGAGAGAGAGAAGUAGGAAAUUUUGGAUUUUGAGCCGGUGUGGUUGGAUUCUAGCGAGAACGAAACGAGACCCCACCACCUCCAAAGACUUUUGUCCCCGUGAACGACAUUGUUCAUUCCCUUCAGCUCCUCUGUUCUUCUCUUCGUUAGGGUUCCGAAGCUCGAGAGUCUGUUGUGUAACUUUUUUGACUAAAGCUCAAAGGUUUUUAGUGUUUUCCGGCGACAAUGGGAGGGGUGCAUCUGAGCAAGGAGAAGCUAGCUAGAGGUUUCUUGGUGUGUUUGUGCUUGUGGAGUUUCAUCUCGCUAUCAUACGCCGCAAGGUCCGGCGUAUCUAAGCAGAAGUUCGAAGUAAAGAAGCAUUUGAAGAGGUUAAACAAACUUGCUGUCAAGAGCAUUCAGAGCCCAGAUGGUGAUAUAAUUGACUGUGUUCCUAUCACAAAGCAACCAGCUUUUGAUCAUCCUUACCUCAAAGAUCACAAGAUUCAGAUGAAGCCUAAUUACCAUCCUGAAGGACUCUUUGAUGACAACAAAGUGUCUUCUACUAGAUCUGAAGACAAGGAAACGCAUAUCCCUCAGUUAUGGCAUCGAUAUGGUAAAUGCGAGGAAGGAACCAUUCCCAUGAGGAGGACUAAAGAAGUUGAUGUUUUGAGAGCAAGCUCAGUCAAAAGAUAUGGCAAGAAGAAGCAUAGAACUGUUCCUUUACCUAAAUCUGCAGAACCUGACCUCAUUAACCAAAGUGGUCACCAGCAUGCCAUAGCUUAUGUGGAAGGAGAUAAGUACUAUGGAGCCAAAGCGACUAUAAAUGUGUGGGAGCCAAAGAUACAGCAGCAGAACGAGUUCAGCUUGUCGCAGAUAUGGCUUCUUGGGGGCUCUUUCGGACAAGAUCUUAACAGCAUCGAAGCUGGUUGGCAGGUGAGCCCAGAUCUCUAUGGUGACAAUAACACGAGACUCUUCACUUACUGGACUAGUGAUGCAUAUCAAGCUACCGGUUGCUACAAUCUUCUUUGCUCAGGUUUUAUUCAGAUCAACAGCGACAUAGCAAUGGGAGCAAGCAUCUCCCCAGUCUCUGGAUAUCGUAAUUCGCAGUAUGAUAUCAGUAUUCUGAUAUGGAAGGAUCCAAAAGAGGGACACUGGUGGAUGCAAUUUGGAAACGGCAAUGUUCUAGGAUAUUGGCCAUCUUUUCUCUUCUCCUACUUAACUGAAAGUGCUUCGAUGAUUGAAUGGGGAGGAGAAGUGGUCAACUCACAAGCAGAUGGCCACCACACUUCAACACAAAUGGGCAGUGGUAGGUUCCCAGAAGAAGGCUUCAGCAAAGCAAGUUACUUCAGGAACAUUCAGGUGGUUGAUUCUUCAAACAACCUCAAGGCACCUAAAGGACUUGGAACAUUCACUGAACAGUCUAACUGUUACGAUGUGCAACCCGGAAACAAUGAUGAUUGGGGUCAUUACUUCUACUAUGGAGGUCCUGGUAAAAACGAGAACUGUCCAUAAACUAGGCACCUUGUACUGGCUCGUCUCUUGGGAUCUGUUGUCGUGUGAGUUCACCAUGUUUCUUUCUACACACAGUUAAUGCACCUUCUUGGGUAGUUUUAGAGAUGGUAAAAGUUAUGUAAUGGUUAGUUUUAGUUUAGGGGUUGUUUGGUUUCUUCUUCUCCAUGUAAGUAGAUGGGGAAGAGGAAGAUGUGGCUUAAGUUUCUCUGAAAACUUUGACCUUUGAUGAAAGCUUACUUUGUGUCCUAGUAUUGUGUAAUUUGCUUAAUUAAGUGAAUGAAUCUCUCACUCUCCCUC